AUGGCUCACGGCAUUGCCAGCUCUACUACUUCCCUCAAUCUCUAUGUGCAAAUUGGUGUGUCUCCGUCCAAGUUGCGGGUGUUGGACAUUUGCACGUUGGUGUCAGACGAGAAUAAGCUACUUGGUGGCAUGGUAUCGACGGGGAAAAAUGCGUUGUGA